AAGAAGGGGCGAAAGAGAGAGAGAGAAAGAAGCAAAAGAUGGUUGCAGGAGGAGAUUUCACGGUGACUGUAAGCAAGAAGGAGGUGGUGGCAGCAGUGCUACCAUUGCAAGAUCAUUGGCUUCCAUUCUCCAACCUCGACUUGCUGCUGCCACCGGUUGACGUUAGUGUGUUCUUUUGCUACCAUAACCCGUCACUUCAAAGCAUGACUUUUGCCUCCAUGGUUGCUAUUCUAAAGAGGGCCCUGGCUCAAACGCUAGUGUCAUACUACGCCCUCGCCGGUGAGGUCGUACCCAACCCUGUUGGUGAGCCUGAGCUCCUUUGCAACAACCGUGGAGUGGACUUUGUUGAAGCCUUUGCGAACGUCGAGUUGAGUGAACUCAACUUGUAUAACCCUGACGAAAGUAUUGAAGGCAAGCUCGUGCCUAACAAGAAGAAUGGAGUGCUCUCUAUUCAGGCAACUGAACUCAAUUGCGGCGGUCUUGGUGCGUGCACCUUCGACCACCGAAUAGCAGACGCAUACUCCAUCAAUAUAUUUCUUGUUUCAUGGGCUGAAUUAGCUCAGUCCAGACCAAUUUCUUUGCUACCAUCUUUUCGUCGAUCUCUGCUAAAUCCUAGACGGCUUGGAUGCGUUGACCCUGCUUUAGGUGACAUGUACGUGCCAUUCUCACCACCUCCAACUCCUAAAGAAGCUGUUGAAGCUACUCAUGAUCAUCUCAUAAGUCGCAUAUAUUAUGUUACAAAAGACCAACUCAAUGAGCUUCAAUCACUCGCUAGCCCCAAAGGAUGCAGGAGGACAAAACUCGAGUCUUUCAGUGCAUUUUUAUGGAAAAUGGUAGCGCAGUGUGGCGCUACAGACAAUGAUAAGACAUCAAAAAUGGGGAUUGUUGUUGAUGGAAGAAUUAGGUUAAGCCAAGUAGAUAGUUACAAAUCAAGACUAAUGGAUGCAUACUUUGGAAAUGUAUUAUCAAUCCCUUUUGGCGGACAAAAAAUCAUUCAACUUAUGGAAAAACCAUUAUCCUCCGUGGCAAAUCAAGUUCAUGCUUUUUUGGAAAACGCAGUGACACAAGAUCAUUUCCUGGGACUGAUUGAUUGGGUUGAGGCACAUAGACCCCAACCAGCUGUAGCUAAGAUAUACAUAAACGGAAGUGACAAUGGACCGGCUUUUGUGGCGUCAUCAGGGCAGAGAUUUCCAGUUUCAAAAGUGGAUUUCGGGUGGGGCAAACCAGCAUUCGGGUCAUAUCAUUUCCCAUGGGGUGGUGAUGCGGGGUAUGUGAUGCCGAUGCCGAGUCCAUUAGGGAACGGUGACUGGGUGGUGUAUUUACACCUAUUGAAGAAGCAAAUAGAGAUGAUUGAGAAGGAAGCAUCUGAUGUGUUUAGGCCUCUGACUUCUGAUUAUCUUAACCUGAUGAAAUGAGUUUAAUGUCGAGUCUGGCUCUUAGUAUCGGACAAUUAUGGUUGUCAUUUUGUGUUAUUGUCACCUACUGUGUCAUAUUCCAAUCCUAUAUUUUGUAUGGGAGGCUGGAAGCUGGCUGCAGUGUGUCGGCAGCAACAUCUUGUCAUGGUUGUAUUCUAUAUAUUAUAUAUAUGCUUUAUUGUAAAAUAUAAAUAUAUA